AUGUCUGGUCCCCAGUCCCGUCUCGGGUCGGUUCUGAGGCACCUUGUUGGCGCCAACGGCUCCGCUGACCCUGCGGCAACUUCUACCGCCUCCACAGCGUCGUUGCCCGUCUUCAAGCACGUCCUCACGCCGACGACUUUCCUCGAGCGUGCCGCUGCCAUCGAGCCCGAUGCCGAAGCCAUUGUCCACAUCACCGCCAAUGGCCGCACUCUUCGCCGCAAUUAUGCCGAGUUUGCCGACCGCGCCCGCGGCCUCGCCUGGUACUUUGCCCACCACGGCUACCGCCGCAUCGGCAUCCUUGCCCCCAACACCCCGGCGUUCCUCGAGACCAUCUUUGCAUCGGGUGCCGCAAACGCCGUGCUGGUCCCGGCCAAUUACCGCCUCAUCGCGGCCGACGUCGCCUACAUUUUUGACUUUGCCGAUGUCGACAUUAUUGUGGCCGACGCCCAGUGUGCGCCGCUGCUCACUGAGGGCAGCCAAUGCUAUGCGUCCAUUCACCCGACGGUGCCAAUUCUGGUCGACGACGACGUUGAUACAACCCAAGGCGAGCUGCGAGGUGCCUUUGACACGGCCGUGCUUGAGGGCCUGCAGUUUGAAGCGCACCGCCCGGACGCUGAGGACCGCACCUGGGCCGGCCUGCACCGGUUUGUGGCCGCCCAGCCAGGCUACAAGCCGGUGGAUGAGGAUGACACCAUUGCAAUCCCGUUCACGUCGGGGACCACGGCGAAGCCCAAGGGCGUCGAGUAUACGCACCGCGGCGCGUACCUAGCGGCGCUUGCCAACGUGGCCGAGGCAGGCCUCAACGCACAGGACGAUCACAACGACAGCGGCAGUGGCAGCAAGCCUGAUCGUUGCCGCUACUUGUGGACCCUGCCCAUGUUCCAUGCUGUUGGCUGGACGUUCCCCUGGUCCGUGUGCGCCGUGCGUGGCACCCACGUGUGCCUGCGCAAGAUCGACUACCCCCUGAUCUGGAAGCUGCUGCGCGAGGAGGGCGUCACUCACUUCAACGCAGCGCCGACCGUCAACACGCUGCUGUGUGCGGCGACAGAGGCUACGCGGCUGGAGCGCCCCGUCAAGGUCACUGUGGCCGCGAGCCCACCGACCGCCCACCUAUUUGAACAGAUGACCAAGCUGAACCUCCAUCCGGUCCACGUUUACGGCAUGACCGAGACCUAUGGCCCGAUCACCCGCGGCUACAUCCUCCCCUCGUGGAACAGCCUGCCCGGCCAACAAAAGUUUGAGCGCAUGGCCCGCCAGGGGCACGGCUUCUUGACCAGCAUGCCGGUGCGCGUCAUCAAGACCGACGAGGACAGCAACCCCGUCACGACCACCAACAAAAGGGGCGAGGUCACGUAUGUCGACGUACCGCGCGACGCCCGGACCAUUGGCGAGAUUGUCUUCCAAGGCAACAUUUGUGCCAAGGGCUACUUCAAGGACCCGGCCGCCACCGAAAAGCUGUUUGCCGGCGGUGUGCUGCACUCGGGCGACUUGGCGGUCAUGCACCCCGACGGCAGCGUGCAGAUUCUCGACCGUGCCAAGGACAUUAUCAUCUCGGGCGGCGAGAACAUCUCGUCCGUGGCGCUCGAGAGCAUUCUGGUCCAGCACCCGGACGUGCUCGAGGCCGCGGUCGUGGCCGUACCCGACUCGCACUGGGGUGAGCGGCCCAAGGCGUACCUGACGACGAAGCCGACGGCCGAACCGGGUCGCCCCGGUACGCCUCUGGUUAUUGACGAGCAGGCAUUCCUGGACUGGGUCAGGCACCAGAGCGGCAUCAGCCGGUUUAUGGUGCCGCGCGAGAUGGAGGUCGUGACCGAGCUGCCCAAGACGAGCACCGGAAAGCUGCAGAAGAAUGUACUGCGGCAGUGGGCACUCAAGGGUGCACCAGACAAUGUCAAGGCAGCGCACUGA